CGAUCGUCAGCAGCCUGCGAAUCCACGGGCUGUCAAUCGCCGCAAGCUGCGAUAGCUUUAAUGUCGCCGGCCUUAUUGGCCAUGGUUCGAUGAUUCAGGAGCUAGCAGCGCGCGCGGGGCUCUCGCUCGCGCUAACGGUGUUGCUCUUGUGCAGCAUUCUGCGCGACGCAGCGGGAUCGCGUAGACCAGCUCUGAGAGAUGAAGACCUAGUGCUUGUGAGGGCAACAUGCGAAAAGCGGCUGGACCUGGCGCACGCGACAGCCCGCGCCGGCCGGCCCUCCUCCGCCCUGCGGGUGGUGUAUGUGGUGGACACGCCGGCCCUGGCCGCGCGCCUCAACGGCCACGUGGCCCGCGAGCCCCGCCUCAACGAGACCUACCUGUCGUGGCCCGACCGGCCCGACCCGCGCAAGCCGGGCGACUCCCGCGUGGCUAUGGCGCCGUGGCUGUCUCACAAGGCUCUGGGCGGCGGCGGCUACAAGUGGCUGUUGUACGGCGACGACGACACCUACUUCUUCCUGGACAGUGUGCGGGAGCUGCUGCGGGACUACGACCCAGACCUGCCGUACGUGGUCACAGACGUGCUGUGGCACAAGCGCAAGCGCUACCUGAGUGAGGCGCCGCGCUGCCUGCCCUGUCACGUGGAACCGGCAUACGUGGAGAAGGCCAAGAUGCGGCCCGACAAGGACCCGCCCAAGCGGCCCGCCGGGGCGCCGUCGCUGCAAUUCCAUCAGCCGCCCAUACCGCCGCCCGGCUGCCCAUGCACGCCCGAGCUGGCCUGCGAGUUCACACUCAACGUGACCGGCGGCCGCCAGGCACUGACCAAGCCCAUACCGCGGAAAUGGUCGCCCGAGACCAAGUACUGGGGCUUCCCGGAGGGCUACCCCUCCAAGUGUGACUACCCGCACUUCCACGGGGGCUCCGGCGUGCUCGUGUCGGUGGGCGCCAUGCGGAAGGUGUCGUAUGAGGCGGCCCUCGAGUGCUACUACGACGACACAGACAAGCUUACCGCCAAGCCCGGCAGCCUUAAGGCCGACGCGCACGGCGACCGCAUGACCAGCCUGUGCUUCUGGAUGAACGGCGUGGCGCUGACGGACCCGGGGCUGGGGCUGAGCCAGCACGAGCACAUGAACCAGGCGGGCCACGUGUUUGACAGCCGCGCCGGGUCCAUCGGCGCCCUGGAGCGGGCGCUCAAGGAGCCCCUGAGCGAGGCAUGGCUGUGGUCCAUCAUGUUCAUGGGUGCAGUGCAUGUGGGCCACCACGCCAAGUCCAUUGACAUGACCUGGCAGCUGGCGCAGCUGUACCCGAAGGCGCGGGCGUAUGCGCAGGAGGAGCUCAAACGGAAGGGCGUGCUGCGGCUGGGCGAGCUGGACGCACAGGUGCUGCGGCGCGGCGGGAAGUGGACGUGGGACGCAGACGGAGGCCGGUGGGAUUGGGCGCCGGGGCCAGGUGGCAAGGAGGAUGGGGAGGAAGAGGAAGAGGAGGAGCAUGGGGCCGCGGGGAAGGCAGCCGCUUUGGCGACGUGGAAUGACGUGGAUGCGGCCUUGGGCGGGGCGUGAAGCAGAGCAGGGUGGCGCGGGCAGGCAGGCGGUUAGGGCGGCUGGACAGCAGGCGGACGCAGGAUGGUAGACGGUGUGGGCCCGCCACACCCAGCGGUGACUGUGAGGUGUUUGUGAGCAAGGGGUUUGCCAAGACUGUGGAUACCCCAGGGCAAGCGGGCUGCUGAGGGUGGCAUGUGGCUGUGGUCACGAGUGAUAC